AUGAGACUCCACACGGGAGAGAAGCCUUUCAUCUGCUCGGUGUGUAAAAAGAGUUUCCGAUACAGCGGAGACGUCAGCAGACACAUGAGGAUCCACACAGGAAAGAAAAGGCUCAGAUGCAACAUUAGCGACACAGGAUCAGAACCGGCGGGGAACGUGGAUCCACGAAGUAAUUCACAGCCGGACGCUGACGAUAAGCGGCCGGAACGAAAAGCCGAAGUGAGCGACGAAGGUUGGGAUGAGAGCGGAGAGCCUCUCUCUGGUUCAAACUCUGACGAUGCCUCCGAGGAGGGACGCAACGCCGAGAAAGAGUCGUUCAGCUGCUCUGAGUGCGGGAGAACGUUUUGUCGCAGGGACCACCUGAUGAGCCACAUGAGAACGCACACCGGAGAGAAACCGUUCAGCUGCUCCGUGUGUCAGAAGCGUUUCAGCUGCAGCGGAAACAUUUUGGCACACAUGAGGAUUCACACAGGCGAGAAGCCGUUCGAGUGCUCGUUUUGCAACAAGAGCUUCAGCCAGAAAGGAACUUUGCAGCUCCAUGUGAGAAUUCACACGGGAGAGAAACCAUUUGGUUGCCCCUUUUGCGAUAAAAGAUUUGCGCACAAAAGACGCAUGACGCUGCACAUGUCGGUCCACACGGAGGAGAAGCGUUUCAGCUGUAGCGCUUGCGACAAGCGGUUCACGUGGUACACGCAGCUGAAAACCCACAAGUGUGUCAGCGAGUCGUCGCAGCGACAGCGUCAGAGUCCGAGCAAAAAGGCUCGAGCCGAGGAGUCGUUCAGCUGCUCCGAGUGCGGGAAAACUUUCAGCCUGAAGGGCAACCUGAAGACACACAUGCGGAUUCACACGGGAGAGAAACCGUUCGGCUGCUCCGUCUGCGGCAAAGGCUUCAAACAGAACGUGCACCUGACGGAGCACAUGACCAUCCACACCGGGGAGAAACUGUAUAAGUGCAGCGUUUGUGGAAAAGGAUUCAAUAAGAAGUCGCUCAUCAAGAAACAUCCUUGUGUUUAA